AUGAUCAAAUCAGUGGGCAACCAAAGUGAACUUUUUCGUGGUGCCAUAAUUCAGAAAAAGCUACCGGCCAAGCUUAAAGAUCCUGGGAGUUUCAACAUCUCAUGCAUCAUUGGAAAUGACAGACAGACAAAGGCACUUUGUGAUCUGGGGGCGAGUAUAAAUUUGAUGCCAUUAUCAUUUUUCAGAAAGAUGAAGAUCAGCACUCUCAAGCCGACAACAAUCACGCUACAGAUGGCAGAUAGAACCGUCACCUAUCCCAAAGGAAUUGUUGAGGACGUUCUUGUGAUGGUACACGACUUCAUAUUCCCCGUCGAUUUUGUAGUGUUGGAUAUGGAAGAAGACGUAAAUGUACCGCUUAUCCUGGGGCGCCCAUUUCUUGCAACGGGAAAAGCAUUGAUAGAUGUAGCAAAAGGGAGAGCUCACUCUUCAUAUGGGCAACAAACGUCACAUCCUAUCUAUCUACAAUGCUAUGAAGAGUCGUGA